AUGCAAGAAAUUUGGGCUGCUGGUGUGGAUUGGGACGAUGUUUUACCAGCGAAAUUAUUAGUCAAGUGGAACCUUUGGAUUUCCGAGCUACAAGAGAUACCCAAGAUCAGUUUUCCACGUUGCCUUCGCCUUGAAAGACCAACCGACAUCCAACUUCACGUUUUCUCUGACGCUUCCAAGGUGGCGUACGCUGCAGCAGCAUAUUUGGUGUGCAAGUACCUCGACCGACUACCGACGUCAUGUCUAAUUAGUUCCAAAUGUCGCGUUUCGCCAGUUAAAGCUAUGACGAUCCCGAGACUCGAGCUCAUGGGUGCAAUAAUCGCCACUCGUCUGGCAAAGAAGCUGAAAAGAACAUUAAAAGUAGAAAGCGUGACAUUUCGGGUCGACUCGACGAACGUACUAUACUGGGUUCGAAACCAAAGCAGGAACUUUAAAACGUUCAUAGCAAACCGAAUUGGAGAAAUCCAAAGAAGUACGAAUCCUGACCAAUGGCGACACAUCCCGGGCGAAAUUAAUCCCGCGGAUUUACCAACUAGAAGACUAUCAGCAUCUCAGUUGUCACAAUGCCAGAUGUGGAUGGAAGGUCCAAACAUUCUGAAGGAAGAGGAGUUGACUUGGCCGAAAAAGUUACCAGAAGAUCACAUAAGAGAAGACACAGAGUGCGAACAAAAAACGAACAUCUCCUCCUUUGCAACAGACAGCGCGAAUUUAGAAAAUGUUCAAGACCGUCUCGUGCCAGAGAAGUUUUCGAGUUUAUCCCGCCUGUUACGCGUGACAGCCUGGGUAAAACGUUUCUUGACGAACUGUAAACUUCCGAAAGAGCGACGAAUGAAAAAUGGCGUCAUUACACGAAACGAAGUCUCCGAGGCUGAGACUUACUGGAUAAGAAGAGCGCAAACCGAAGCGUUCCCUAACGGUGAAAAAGAGAAACGACUGAUUAAACUCUGCCCCCAUACAGACGAAGCUGGUCUCUUGUGA